UAUCAGUGAACGCACGACUGCUGUGCGAUGCUGUGUGUAUCGUGUUGCGCUCUGUAUCUCGAGUGCAAUCGUACUUCGGCGAAUUCGUGUUGCAGGAAGUCGCGUACGUCUAAUCGUUUCGGUGGAAGCGACGUAUUUAUUAUAUAUUUUGUCGACGUGGGCGUACCGAGCAGAGAGAAGCCGCGCCGGUAUAUAGCCGGAAACUCUCCACCCCUCUUAUCAUUGUGGCUCCGGCUCGUCUGUCAAAACACGUGCUAUCGACGAUAAUAAUAGAGGAGAAGCGACCGGGAGCUCACGCAAAUAACACGAUUGUUCGACCGCGGUAAAUGUAUCUGCAAACAUGGAUAUUCAUGACAGUACACAUAAUCUAUAUCCAAUGUGUUGCGGAAGAGAGCUUCGUCGAACGUGGAUUAUGCGAAAGUUAUAUAUCUGGCGAAGACGACCUUCAAACUUUUGACUUUAUUAGCAAGUUAAAACUGGACCUGUUGAAGGCACAUUAUAGCGGCGUAACGAAAGUCAGAGGCAGCAAUCGUAUGCAAACGGCGUACCGACUGGACAAAGACACUGAUGUCACCCUUCCGACGAAGAACAUCACACCCAACGGAUUUCCGCAGGAAUUCACGUUGGUGUACACGUUGCGAACCAGGAAAAUACCGAAGUAUCCUUGGCACAUCAUUAGGGUCGUGGACGCGGAAGGUAACGCACAGUUUCUCAUCACCAUGAAUCCAAGGAAACAGACGCUGGACUUCUCACUGACUGAUCGCGAGGGGAAAUUGCAGACUGUCUCUUUCGUGAAUGAUCGCGUGUUCGACAAGAGCUGGCACAAAUUAAAUUUCGGAGUGUUCAAGGACAAGCUAGUGCUUCACAUCGAUUGCGAACACAUUGGCACGGAGAAGCUGAGACCGCAUGGGCCGAUUAAAGUCGAUGGCGAUCUAUCGAUAGCUAAAAUGAGUAACAGUAAAAUCACAGUACCGAUCGACAUACAGUGGAUGGUCUUAAACUGCGAUCCCACGAGACAGGAACGAGAAACAUGCGAGGAACUGCCGAUUAAUCCAGGCGUUCCAUUACCGCAAAUAAAACCUGUUUGCGAGAUGAUUUGUCCGCAGGGGCCACGUGGAUUCAACGGUACUGACGGAUUACCUGGUCCACCCGGAGCACAAGGACCAAUAGGUGCACCAGGUUUAAUUGGACUUUCGGGACAACAUGGACCACCGGGAGAGCAAGGCAAAAUAGGAGUUCCAGGUAAUAUCGGUGCAAGAGGAUUUCCAGGUGUGCAAGGUCCUACAGGACCAAUCGGACCCGCGGGUCCUCAGGGAUUACAAGGAUUUCCAGGGCGAAAGGGCGAUCGUGGUGAAAGGGGUGAUAUGGGUUUCCCGGGUCUGAAAGGGGAUCAAGGUCCUCGAGGAUUCCCGGGUCCGCCAGGGGACAUAAACGGUACGAAAGGAACUAAAGGAGAACGAGGAGAUGGUGACGCUCCAGGAUAUCCGGGCGAAAAGGGCGAACGUGGAGAACGAGGAUAUCCGGGAUUAGAUGGGUCUCGUGGUCAGGACGGUGCGCAAGGUCCCCCUGGUCCUACAGGACUACCCGGUCCACCAGGACCCAAAGGAGACCUCACGUUCACUGACGCUCCUGGCAUUCCAGGACCACCGGGCUCUCCUGGUGUAGCAGGACUACAGGGGUUGGCAGGUUUACCAGGAUCGCCAGGAAUACCAGGACCUCCGGGAUCACCAGGAAUACCAGGACCUCCGGGAUCAUCAGGCCAGACCGGUGCAAAGGGUGAUGUCGGAGAACCUGGUCGAGAUGGUACACCGGGAUUGACGGAUAGUAGCGUGAUACCAGGACCUCCCGGUCCCGAAGGGCCCGUCGGACCUCCUGGCGAAGACGGUUACCCAGGUACCAAAGGAGAAAUCGGACCAAUAGGUUCUCCGGGCCUACCUGGAGCUCCGGGAAAAGAUGGAAUCCCAGGAUUACCGGGAUCGAAGGGACUUGCAGGAAUGCGCGGAGAUCCGGGCCUGCCGGGAUCUCGUGGUUUAGACGGACCCAUUGGAAAACCGGGAUCGUCAGGACUAGAUGGAAAACCGGGGCAAAAAGGGAGCAAAGGGCAAGAGGGCGAGCAAGGUCCUAUUGGACCUCGCGGGUUACCGGGCGGCACGGGCAUGGUUGGUUCACCGGGUGCACCAGGAUUAGAAGGAAGACCAGGUUUACCAGGGCUGCUGGGGCCACCAGGACCACCAGGGUCUCCUGGUCUCCCAGCUCAGAUCGAAAAUACACCUUAUCCGAACAGCAGCUUCGAUAACAUCGGCAGUCCCGGUCUGGAUGGUCCCAGAGGCCCGCCUGGGGCGCCAGGAAUUCCAGGUGACAGGGGUGCUCCUGGAGAACGAGGACCGGAGGGCCAAAUAGGAUUACCCGGAAUGCCCGGUAAGGAUGGAGCACCCGGUUUACAAGGUCCGCCUGGGAACAGAGGUCAAACGGGUAUGCCGGGACUUCAGGGGCCAUCCGGUCGUAGUAUCAACGAAGCGGAGAUCCGAGAUAUUUGCGCCAGUGUGCUGAGAGAACGGAUGACCGAGAUGGCAGCGCUGAUGCAAGGCCCACCUGGUCCGACUGGCCGAGGCCGUCCAGGCCGUCCUGGAUCACCUGGUCCCCAAGGUCGCCCAGAGAGGCUGAAAGAACUAACAGAUGGUCUACGAGGGCUGCCCGGAUUACCGGGAUUGGCUCGACAGGGUCGUCCCGGUCGAGCCGGAGAUCGGGGUAUUCCAGGUGACCCGGGAUUGCCAGGUUUGCCGGGAGAACGUGGAUUCGUCGGUUUACCAGGUCCACAGGGUCCCACGGGAUUGCAGGGUCCGCCUGGCGAACGUGGAGAGAAAGGAGACAGAGGUCCAGAAGGGAUCGGUUUAGAAGGACCACCUGGUCCAAGAGGGCUGCCAGGGCCUCCUGGUAACGAUGGGGUUGGUUUACCCGGGAGACAAGGAGACAGAGGCGAACCAGGGAGACCAGGUGUUCCUGGUAUAAGAGGAACGCCAGGAGCGCACGGGCCACCCGGAUUUUGCGAAUUCUGUAAUUAUCCCAACAAUAAUUAUCUGCAGUACAGUCGUGGUAACGAGAAAGGUCCUUGAGAUCUGAUAGUGAAUUCCGAUUAAAACAAAGGAAAUUCUUGGACAGCAGGAAGAAUAUCGUAGAAGAGUUCGGUAUAUUUUAUAAAUAUAAUUAUAAUAUUUCUUAAAAGUACUCAAGGUUUAGCAUUUAUCGCUAAACUAAAUUUCUGCGGGUCCUUAACAAGUCACUGCCGCGCAGACUUCUCUUUCAAUUAUGACUUAAUUACGAUUUUAAUAUUGAAAAACUCAGUGUAUUAUACAUAUAUUAUUUAAUAAAGCUUACUUUUUCGAUAUA